AUGGCCGACGCCGUACCUAAACCAGAGGAGCCCGUCUCCAAUGACGCACCCGCCUCCAACGACACCCAGCAACAACAAGAAGAACCCAAUUCCCAGAACGAAAAGUCCGAACAAGAGCCAGAAGCACAGGAUGGCGGUUCCCACCACGCAGACCAGGAAUCCGAAGCCGUAGGGAAGCGCUCGAAGAAGGGCAAAUUGAAGGACAAGGUCGAUGAGAAGAAAAAGAAGGCUUACGAGAUGGCCAACCCCCGGAACCUGCCCAUUGGAGAUCUGGGCACGGGGUCUUCGGACCCGUGCGUGAUAGCGACCUUGACGAGCCAUGGGAUAAAACCGAGACACAAGGAGGACCCUGAGAUGAGACUGCGGACAAGGACGAUCCAAAAGGAUACCAAUCCUGUGUGGAACCAGGAGUGGAUCGUGGCAGGCGUGCCGAGCAGUGGCUUCAAACUGAAGUGCCGCCUCUACGACGAGGAUGCCAAUGACUCGGACGACCGACUUGGCAACGUGACCGUGGUGGUGCCACACAUCAGCGAGAACUGGGAGGGGAUGCGCGAGACUAGCUUCCCGGUCAAGAAGCGGAUGGCAGCUGGCGCGCGUAUCUCCUAA